CUUUUACAGGUUGUACACUGAGGGUCAUGAAAUUUUCAAUUGGUAUCAGAGCCGUUAAAGCUGAAGUUACUAGCUUUAAAGAUCAAACAUGGGAGAUAUGGAAGAAGGAGCAAAUACACCUACAAAGGCAGUUGAAGGAUCAGACGUUAAAAUUCCCAAGACAUUUGAGGAAUAUUCAAAAGAAGAAGCAGCAGCUGCUGAAUGCAAUGACAAGGCCUUAAAUGCCUUGUUUGGAGCUGUGGAUAGUUCUCAAUACAGACUCAUUGCUAAUUGCACUGAAGCAAAGAAGGCAUGGAAGAUUCUUGAGACAACUCAUGAGGGAGAUGAAAGAGUCAAGACAGCCAAAUAUCAAAUCCUCAUGACCAGAUUUGAAAACCUUCGAAUGGAAGACAAGGAAAGUGUCACUGAAUUUCAUGGCAGAGUGAGAGACUUGGCAAAUGAAGCAGAACGACUUGGAAGAUCUUUUGAAGAAGACAAUCUUGUUCUAAAGGUACUGCGUGCCCUACCAGAAAGCUAUUCAGUUGAUGCCAAGGCAAUACGUCAAGCUCAUGACCUGAAAAGGAUGACACUGGAUCAACUCAUGGGAAACCUUGAAACUAUUGAGUUGGCCAUGUCAGAGGAACAGAAGAAGAAAAAGGCUGAAAAGCAAACAGCAUUUCAGGUGGGCGAUCUUGACUUAGAAGAUGAGGUCAUAUCAGAUGAUGAUUUUCAAGAACAGCUAUCACUAGUCACCAAGCAGUUCAUAAAGAGGUGGCUACAAAGAAAAGGGAAACAAGCGUUCAUACAAGAUCCACAGAGAGGCUCUCAAUCCAGAGUGAUGAAGGAGAAAGAAUUCAAGACACAACCUUCAGAAACAAGGAGAAAGGGACCACAGUGCUUUGAGUGUGGUGGAUUCCGUCACAUACAAACUGAAUGUGCAAAUAACAUUAAGAAGACAGACAGCCACCAUGGUGCGCAGCAAGAUUGCCCUGCCACAGAAAUUCAAUCGAACAAGCAUUUCAAAAACUCAGCCCUCAUGGUUCAAGAAAUUCUGCCAAGCACGCAAGAAACUUCAAGAAACAGGAGAAAAGAAGGAGAUGGCGGAGAAACAAAGCCCUCACCAGAUGAACCAGCACAAGAAGACGAGGAGUUCAUCAGAAUUCUUGAUGAAGAACCUCUAGUUGCCGUUUCAGAAGUCCCAUUCCACAAAGAAUCUGAAGUGAAGAAGAGCAAGAAGAAGGGCUACCUUACCCAACACUCCUCUGCAGUCUUCUGCUCUCUCAGGGAUUCAGCAAAGAGGAAGAGGAGGAGUAAGAACCAGAAGAACCACCACUUCAGGUGGACAGCAGGCACAUGGAGGGAAAACAUCAUAAUGACAUGGAGGUUGCUGUCCAUCCACUGCAAAGGCCAAAAAGCCACCCUCCUUGGUGAAAUUUCUGGAGCAGAAACUGAUGCAGGUCAAAGUGGAGUUAGCCAGGUGUUCACAGCAGAAAUAAAUCUGGAGACAGAAAAGGGCCAUCUUGUGACACUGUUACGUCAGGCACGGGAAGCAACUCCAGAUGAGGAGCACACAAACAGCGGGGAGAGGAGGCAACUGGGAGCACUCAUGGUGAUGAAGAGUAUGAUGAGUCUGAGGGGGAGUGAGGGGGAUGACUCAAAUUGAAGCAGUCGUGUAACAACAAACUCUAUUAUCACCCAGGCUUACCCCUCCUGCCCAAGGAUUCCGCUGGUAUUCUGCUUUCAAAACCUUGUCAAUACAGGGACAAUUUACAUUGCACAAAUUGAGACCUGAAUAUUGUUGAUGCUCCUCUUAAGUAACGCACACAUAUAGGGCCCUCCUUAUCUGAACUGAUUGCAAUAUCACGAGAAAGCUUUUCAUGAUGCAGAAGAUAUAUUGUUUUAAUAAAAUUAACACAUAAAU